CUCCGAUAUCCACUAUAACAUCAUCUUCCUCUCAUCACUUCAAAUAGCAAUCUCGAAUUCCGAGUUGUCUCUAAUGUCACCACCCCGCGUUCUGAUCAUAGGCUGUGGUGUCGCCGGCCCAGCCAUCGCUCUUCUUCUGAAGCGCAAGGGCUACUCACCCAUCAUACUUGAGAAGGUACGCCAACUCGGCGAUGUCGGCGGCUCAUUGAUGCUGUUUCCAAAUGGGCUGAAAGUCCUUUCUCUCCUGGGUCUUUCUUCCCUCGCCACUGAAACAGCGCCAAAUCUUACAUGUCUGCGAGACAUAAGUUCAAAUGGGACAGAAAUUGGAGACACGAAGCUUCCUGCAACGUGGAGAGCGAAGUAUGGGCAACCUGCCUGUGGCGUCAAGCGUACGGCUCUCAAUCUGGCUCUCAAGGAAGCUUGUCUCGAUGCCGGUAUCCCUGUACUUGAAGGAUGGAAACUAAAAGACAUAAUCGAGACCGAAAACAGCGUUACAGCAAUCGCAGAAGAUGGACGAAUGGAAGAAGGAGCUUUCCUCAUAGGAUGCGAUGGCAUCAAAAGUGCGACAAGGAACUUGGUUUUGAAGGGACACGGAAUGCAGGAAGAAGAUACAACGUUCACGAACCUCACUCAAGCAGGAGGCAUGAGUCCCACGCCCUCGAUCUUGAAGCAAACCCCAGGUAUGAUGAACUGGUAUGGCGAAGGUGCACACUUCAUCGCCUAUCCCAUCUCCAAGACUACCACUUCUUGGGCAAUUACGCAAAGAUCAAACAUCGAAGAAGUAGAAACUUGGCAGCAAAUGUCUGUUUCACAGCUUGCAGUCUACAAAUCCAACUUACUUGCCGAAUCCCAAACUUGGUGUGAACCAAUACAGGAUCUGAUCAAAGGCUCAGAACGUCUGAUAAAGUAUGGACUGUUCGAUCGUCCUCAACUCGAGAAGGAGAAAUGGGUCAGUGAGGCUGGAAGAUGUGUGUUGAUAGGUGAUGCGGCGCAUCCUACAAGUCCACACUUAGGACAAGGUGCCAAUCAGGCGUUAGAAGAUUGUUGGCAUUUGGCGAGGUUGCUGCCGGAUGGAGAAGUCGAGAUGGAGAGGAAGACGUUGAAAGAAAUGUUUUUGGAAUUCUCAGGACUGAGACAGCCGAGGACGGCUGCAUUGGUGAGAGGUGCGAGGGCGCAGGGAGAGAGGAGGGUGGUGAGUGGGACAGAGGAGUGUAGGAGGAGAGAUGAAGCGCUGCGGAGAGGGUGGAUGGAUGAGCUUGCGGUCGAGGAAAAGUGGGAAAGUCUGUUGAGGGAGCCUUUUUGA